GCCCGUUAGACGUUAAAGCUCGGAAGCCGAAGCUGACAGUUACGAAAACAAACACGAUAACGAGCGUUAUCUCAUGUGCUCUCCUAAACUUUGAAAAACUCCUUAAAUUAACGCGCUCAAAGGAAAUAAUGUCUGUGCUGUUGUCAGGGCUGGUCGGUGUGCUUGUUGCAUACGUACUGAUUUAUUACAGCCUGUUUAAAGGAGCCAGAUUUAAAAGCAACGUAUCUUUGAAGGGAAAAACCGCAAUCGUCACGGGGAGUAAUACAGGCAUUGGCAAAACCACAGCCUCGGAUCUGGCCAAGAGAGGAGCCCGAGUUAUCCUCGCCUGCAGAAACAAACAGAAAGCUGAAGCUGCGGUUUAUGACAUAAGAAAGGAAAGUGGGAACCCUGAGGUACUCUACAUGCAUCUGGACCUGGCCAGUCUGGAGUCCGUACGUGAUUUUGCAGACACCUUUCUGAAGAGUGAACCGAGACUCGACUUGCUCAUUAACAACGCAGUGUGCGAGGCUUUCUCUCUAGGUCUUAUAGCAUCAGGCAGAACGGAAGAUGGUUUUGGCAUGGCAUUCGGCGUCAACCACCUGGGCCACUUUUUGCUGACGCUGUUGCUGUUGGAGCGUCUAAAACAGGCAGAGCACAGCCGUGUUGUCAAUGUGUCCGCCCUGCUGCAUCGGCUGGGGUCUCUGGAUUUCAACCUCCUCAACACUCAAAAGGAUCUGGUCACAGGUCAAUCGUCCUGGCACGCAUUCAGAGCCUACUGCCACAGCAAACUGUGUAAUGUGCUUUUUACCCGUGAGCUCGCAAACCGACUUGAAGGGACGAGUGUCACUUGCUAUUGCCUGCAUCCAGGUGUCAUCUCCACUGAGAUCGGUCGAAAUAUGAAUGUGCUGCAUAAGCUGCUUUUCCUGCCCAUGUCCAAGCUGUUUUUCCUGGAUCCAGAAGGAGGUGCACAGACCACUCUUUACUGCGCUUUGCAGGAGGGACUCGAGCCUCUGAGUGGACGGUACUUCUCUUCCUGUGCCCUGCAGAAUGUUAGCACGCAAGGAAGGGACGAUGCCUUGGCCAAAAAGCUUUGGGAAGCGAGCGAGAGGCUUUGUGGCCUGUCCUGAGUAAACUCACACAGGUUUGUAGAACAGAAACAACCAACAGCUUUAUGGGUGUAAGCCUUUGAGGUUUUUCAUUGUGUUGCAGGUGUAUGCAUAGCUAAGAUGGCUUUAUUUGGUAUAAAAUGUAUUUUGGUAUAAAAUAUAAUGUAUUGUUAAAGAAUGUUGUAUUCUUUAUACAUUAGAGGUCCACUGGUAUAUUUAAUUUUUGAUACAAAAAGUUAUAAUUAUAAUUACAGUUAUAUAUAGUUUAUUUAAAAAAAAAAAAACCCUACCAAAUAUAU